GAGUCAUGGUGAAGGUAGAGAUUGUUGAGCUUAACAGAAACUGGGCUAAGACAGUGGAAGAGAUUGUAAAAUUGGAGAGAAAGAUCUUUCCCAAACACGAAUCACUUGCUUCAUUUUUUGAAGACGAACUGAGAAAGAAGAACAGUGGAUUGCUUUAUCUUCACGUAGAUGGUGAACUUGCAGGCUAUGUCAUGUAUUCUUGGCCUUCUUCCUUGUACGCUUCAAUCACCAAGCUCGCAGUGAAGGAGCAAUGGAGGAUGCGAGGUCACGGAGAGGCUCUACUGAAAGCAGCAAUUGAGAAAUGCAGGACAAGGAAAGUUUCGCGCAUAAUGCUUCAUGUGGAUCCCUUGAGGACUCCUGCAGUGAACCUUUAUAAGAAACAUGGUUUCCAAGUUGACACUUUGAUUGAAGGCUACUACUACUCAGAUAGAAAUGCCUAUAGGAUGUACUUGGACUUCGAUUCCAGUUGA